AUGGAUGAUGAAAAUCUCCCUCCAUCACUGCCAGUGGAAGGCAGUGCCUCCCACAGCCCGAUCCUGGGACCCCAGCCCAGCAGAGAGCAGCCAUUGAGAGAAGAGCCUAUAAAAGAUCAGCUUGCCUCCUCAGAUGGAGCCAAAGGGGACAGGAGCUCAGGCAGAGAGAAUGUGGACAGCAGUGGGGACACUUGCCAACCCGAGCCUCUGGAGCACAGGAAAAGGACAGAUACCCCAGCCUCUGGGGACAGUGCUGAGGGCAGGGAUGGUGACUUCUGUGAUUUGUCACUCAUGGACAAUGUGUCCUUGGGAUUUGGGCCAGGUCAGGUGAUGGACUUGGAUGGUGCUGAAGCUCCCAACAUGAGUGGACACAGUGACUGCUGGAGGGAAAGAGAACUUGAGAAAGGGGAGGCCUCUUACAAGAAGUCUGGCCUGGGGUAUCAGCAGCCACUGGGUAGUGCUCCGGGGAGCCCUUGUCCUGAAGUCAGGCUGUUUGAGGAGCCAGAGGCCAGUGAGUGCCAAGAGGAUGCAGAGUCAUUCCCUUUUAAGGACAUCCGGGAUGGUUUUAGCUCCACUUUUGAAAAGAUUGUGGAGUCAGAGCUGAUGAAAGGGACCUACUACAGCAGCCUAGACUCCUUGGACGUGCUGAGUCUCACUGACGAGACCGACAGCUGUGUCAGCCUGGAGGUGCCCCUCACCCCACUCAUCCAGCAGCGGGUCAAGGAGAGCCCGGAGCCCACUGAGGGCCGGCCAGAGGACAGGGAUGGGCAAGACAGGGCCGAGGCAGGCUUGGUAGAUGGGGACUUUGGGAGCCCCCUGAGACACUCCAUUACCAGCAGCCGAUCAGAAAACGUCCUGAGCCGACUCUCUCUGAAGGUUGUUCCCAAUGGCUACCAUGCUCCCACUGCCCAGGACACAGAAGAAGAGGAAGAGGAGGAGGAAGAUGAUACCACUAAACUUAUUAAUUCUGUCAGUGACCCAAGCUUGAAGGAUGCAUUGUCAGACUCUGAUUCUGACCUGGGCAGCAUGGAGCAGCUGGACCAUGGGAGUACAGACACACUGGCCAAUGGAUGCCAGGCAGUCAACGAGGCAGCCAAGAGGUUAGCCCGGCGCCUCUACCACCUGGAGGGCUUCAAGCGUUGUGACAUCGCCCGCCAGCUCAGUAAGAAUAAUGAGUUCAGCAGGCUGGUAGCUGAAGAGUAUCUCAGCUUCUUUGAUUUCUCAGGCCUGAGCCUGGAUAGAGCCCUCAGGACUUUUCUAAAGGCCUUUCCUCUGAUGGGGGAGACCCAGGAGCGGGAGAGAGUUCUUACCCACUUCUCCAGGAGAUACCGCCAAUGUAACCAGGGAGAGAGCACCUCAGAAGAUGGGAUUCACACACUUACCUGUGCCCUGAUGCUGCUCAACACGGACUUGCACGGACAUAACAUCGGCAAGAAGAUGUCCUGCCAGCAAUUCAUUGCCAACCUGGACGGGUUGAAUGAUGGACAGGACUUUGCCAAGGAUCUGCUGAAGACACUAUACAAUUCCAUUAAGAAUGAAAAGCUGGAGUGGGCCAUCGAUGAGGAGGAGCUGAGGAAGUCAUUGUCUGAGCUGGUGGACGACAAGUUCGGGCCCGGGGCCAAGAAAGUGACCAGGAUCAUAGAUGGCAGCAAUCCGUUCCUGGAUAUCCCUCAAGCACUCAACGCCGCCACUUACAAGCAUGGUGUGCUCACCCGCAAGACCCAUGCUGACAUGGAUGGCAAGAGAACCCCCCGAGGUCGGCGAGGGUGGAAGAAGUUCUAUGCAGUUCUCAAAGGAACCAUCCUUUAUCUACAGAAGGAUGAAUACAAGCCAGAUAAAGACCUCUCAGAGGUGGACCUGAAGAAUGCCAUUCGUGUCCAUCAUGCUCUGGCCACCAGGGCCUUGGACUAUAGCAAAAAGUCCAAUGUAUUGAAGUUAAAGACAGCUGACUGGAGGGUAUUUCUCUUCCAAGCCCCGAGCAAGGAGGAGAUGCUUUCGUGGAUCCUUCGAAUCAACCUGGUGGCUGCCAUUUUCUCUGCCCCUGCCUUCCCAGCUGCUAUCUGCUCGAUGAAGAAGUUCUGUAGGCCCCUUCUGCCCUCCUCUACCACACGCCUGUGCCAGGAAGAACAGUUGAGGUCCCAUGAAAACAAGAUGAGGCAGAUCAUGGCUGAGCUCACAGAGCACAGGAUGCACCCGGCUGAGAAAAAUGUCAAGUCCAAGGAGGCCGAGGAGUACCGGUUAAAGGAGCAUUAUCUAACUUUCGAGAAAAGCCGCUAUGAGACAUACAUCCAUCUCCUGUGUGUGAAGAUCGAAGUGGGCUCAGAUGACCUGGAGCAGAUUGAGGCCAGACUGGCCACAGUGGAGGCCGAGGACCUCUCCUUGAGGAAGACGCACUCCAGCCCCUCCCUCAGCCAGGGCCACGGGCCCACGGCAGGUGGCUUGGUGCAAAGGGAUGUCACAGAGCCCAGCACUUAACUGGGAUGUGUGGACAGGCCACAGAAGCAGGGCGCCUGCUGGACUGCCCCAUGGAGGUCAAGGGGCAUGGUUCUGCCCUGGAGCCCCCACGGACUGAACCCCGGUGGGUGAGCCAAAGGGCUCCGUCGCGGCCAGGGUCCAGGAGGCCGAGAACUGUCACUGUCAAGGUGUUGAACCUCUUCCCUACUCUGACAUCUCCAGGUCCUCAACUCUCUCCUAGCCCCCAGAGAACUCCCUGUUGGGACCCACCAUCCCCACAGAGAGGUUUCUCAUUAAGAUGGGAAUUUGCAUCCCUGCCAUAAAACUCACAGUUUUGGAGCUGAGGGACCAUGGCUCUUUCCAGGUGCCCCUGCCCCUGGCUCUUCUCUUUGGAUUUCUC